AUGGUGCACGCUACAGUAAUUCGAUUGAUAGAGAAAAAUAGCGGGAAAGUUUUCGAUGAUGCUUCAUAUGCUAUACUUCGUUAUACUAGUAACAUAUUAAAAGAGCCAGAGAUUAUCAAGUUUCGCAAGAUUAAAACUACCAAUGAUAUCUUUAAGAAUCGAAUUUUACCUGCUGAUGGCGCUAUUGAAUGCCUUCUGGCGAUGGGAUUUCGACAGGAAGAUGGCAAUUACAUUCUACCAUUGCAAUAUCCGCUACAUGAUUUAACGGAUAUUCAUCAAUCGCUAAUAAAUGAAAGAACUCGAAGAAAUCUACAAUUACCGCCACUAGUAGCAACACCAGCUCUUACUCCAAGUAACUUAAAUCAAGCAUCUCAACAAGCACCGCCACGUGAACAACUGACAUCACAGCUUGCUAGAUCAGAAGAAGCUUUUUAUGCAAAGUUAGAAACAUGGUCUCAACAAGUAAUGGUUUACGAACAGAAAGAUUCUCAAGCGAAAGCACUUUCUGUAAUCCCUGUCGAUGAUCUUAGAUCCAAAGCAAUCAAACUCUCGGAGCGGGAAAUUGAUGGCGCCGCCGGACCAGAUCAAUCUGACCAAAUCAUAAUGGACUACUUACUUUUAGAGUUGUUACAUUGGUUUAAAAAUAAUUUCUUCUCAUGGGUUGACCAGCCGCCUUGCAACUCCUGUGGUGGUCAGACGUCAAAUAUAGGAAAUGCUCCUCCUACUACUGACGACUUAAAAUGGGGUGCAUCACGAGUUGAAGCCUAUAAAUGCACAAUAUGUGGAUUAAUAACAAGGUUUCCACGAUUUAAUCACCCCAGUAAAUUGCUUGAUACCCGUGAAGGAAGAUGUGGAGAAUGGGCUAAUUGCUUCACACUAUGCUGUCGAGCUAUGGGAUUUGAGGCGCGACUUGUAAUUGAUUGGACAGACCAUGUUUGGACUGAGGUCUUCUCUAAUCGUCAACAACGAUGGCUACAUUGCGAUCCUUGCGAAGAUGCAUGCGAUAAACCAUUACUCUACGAAAUUGGUUGGGGGAAGAAAUUAACAUAUGUCAUUGCUUUUUCGUCUGAGCAGGUUGUCGAUGUCACGUGGCGCUAUACCGCAAAAUCGGAAGAAGUUCGCCAAAGACGUCAGGAAUGUCGCGAAACCUGGUUAACACAAGCAAUAAAUUCAUUUAAUCGGAAGUUACAGUCAGAUAAACCUACAGAAAGGGUUCAGUUGCUGCAACUGCGAUCCUUUGCUGAAAUUUUGGAAUUCCUUGCACCAAAACAGACCGAUGGGCAAGGUUACGGUGGAAGGGUAUCUGGAUCUCUAGCAUGGAGGCAAUCACGUGGUGAAACGAAAAAUGCGUCAUCUAGAAGUCAAUCUUUUGUUUUUGAGCCCAAUGAAAAAGACAUAUCUGAUAAAAAAUUUCGAUUGAGAUAUUGCCCUUCAACCGACGUCUACGUACAUUCAAAUGACGAUGUACACGAUAAAGUAGAUGAACUCAGUGGAUGGGAUAAUUAUACUUACGAAGCCAAUUCUCUAUUUCGUAAAGUUGAACACGAUUGGAAGAUGGUCUACUUAGCUAGAAUUGAAGGAACCAAUUCUGCAUCAUUAACUUGGAAGAUCGAUUUAUCGAAAGCUAGUCUUGCAGUGAAGUCCAUCUCUGUAUUUGCUUCUACGGCAAUUUACGAAGACGGUCAAGUGAUAUGGACAAUUAAAGGAGAAAACGGAGUACAAAAGUCGUGGGCAGGAGGAAAAGAAGUAAUUGAAUGUCCAGAAGUACAUGAUUGCCAAGAAGUUACUCUAACGGCGUUUUUGAGCGGAGGAAAAGGCGAUGUUGCUUGGCAACACACACAGUUGUUUCGCCAAAGUAUAAAUAAUAAAAAUGAAUAUUUACUUGAUAUUCAAUUAGAGCUCAAAAGCUGUUAA